UAUUGUAUUAAAAUUAUACAAUCCAAUACAAUACAACCCAAUAUAUUACAAUACAAUACAAUUCGGCAAACCAAACGAUCCCAUAAUAUAUUAAAGAAUACAUCAUACAUUGUAUUAAAAAAUUUGGUUGUAAUAUUUAAUACAAUACAUUGUUUUAUCUAAACAUAGUGUUAUUUAUUAUUUAAUACAAUACGACCCUUAUACGGCGUAACAAACAAGUCCUUGGUGUUUUGCAAAGAGGAUUAAAGAUAUACCCAACUUUCAUUUUAACUUUUUCUAUUUUUCUUUCUUUUUUUUAAUUUGUUGGCUAUAUGUGAGGUUGGUGGCCCCAUAAAGGGCAGAAAUCUUUUUCAAGUGAACCUGCCAAACAAAAAAGUGGGAGAGUGGUCACAAGAUUUAGGGCGGGUCUCUCUUUUGAAAAAUAAAAUAAUAAUUAAAAAAAAUAAACCUACUGUGAAACCCACGUUUCUUUUUAGUAUUUACUCUCUUCUUCUAACUGUCCCACCUCCGUUGCUAGAACUCUCUCCUCCCCUCUUUGUUUUUCAAUCAUUUUGUUCUCUGCAACUUCUUACAAAAAGCCAAAGAAGUAGAUUUUCGUAAAUAUUUUUAUAUAUUAAGCAAUUACAUACUAUCGAACAAGGCCAAUUUUUGUUUUCUUUUACUACAAUUCCCAUUACCGAAUGAUGAAGUGGGGAAGGAAAAAGACCAUCCCUCCUCCUUUUACUUCGUCUUCUUCAACUCCAUCUCCUGCUCCUCGACCACAUGUGAUCUCUCAUGUCUUUCCUCUGUCAUGGCUUUCGAAGUUCAAACAGAAGAGCAGUCACUCAGGGCCAAAACCUAUAAAGGGAACCCCACAAGGAAACUGGAAUACUUCUCUUCCCUCCACUAACCCACCAAAGAUUGCUGCUUUGGCCACUGAAACUGUUGCUAGCUCUGGCCUCGGUAGCUUCUACGACGAUACGUUUUGGAGUCUGUCGUUUAGGAAAGAUAAUAGCUCUGUGGAGAAGAAGAAGAAAAAGAACAGGAAUAAGAAGACGAUGAAGAAGCCAAGCAAUGUUUGUUUGAAGUCAGUUUGGUAUGAUGAGCGAGAAGUUCCAUUCUCGAAUUGUCCAAAUUGCAGAGGGAAAGACGCUGAGGAUGAAAUAUGUGAAACAAAGGAGAACAGAAGAGUUUUAGAGCUUAGAAGAGAGUUUGGUACGAGAGAGAUGGAAACGACGACACCAAAGAGAACGAGUACUGGGAGGGACGGAAAUUUGAGGCUUAAAACAAUCGAAGAAGCGGAGAAUUUAGAAGAAUGUGAGGAAGAGAAAAUGAGUUUUGAUUGGAGAAAGUUGAGAGAGUUGAAGAUUGACAAGAUUGAGAAACAGAGGAAAUCUGUUCACGUAAGCAGAGAAUGUGGUCUUGAUCAGAUUCAGGACCAGAAGAAGAGACCAAAGCCAAAACAGAGUCGAGGAAAAAUGAGAGCUUAUUCACCAAGAACAUUGUCGAGAAUCGAAACAUGCAAAGUGAAAGCACUAGAGGAUAUGAAGAAAGCAAAGUUGAAGAUGAAGAUGAAGAUGGACAGAAAAGUGAUCAGUACAAGGGUUCAGUCAACGACAGGUGGUUUGGAAAGCUUUGCUGUGGUAAAGUGUUCAUACGACCCUCAUAAGGACUUUAAAGAAUCCAUGGUGGAGAUGAUUAUGGAGAAAAAGAUUACACAACCUGAGGAGUUUGAAGAACUCUUGGCUUGUUAUCUCACUUUGAAUUCUGAUGAGUACCAUGAUGUUAUUAUGAAGGUGUUUAGACAGGUAUGGUUCGAUUUAGGCUUUGAAUUAACAAAUGAUCAAAUUUUGUUUAGUGAUUAGUUUUUGUGUACUUAAUUAGAGCAUAAUAUCUAUUCUAUAUAAAAUGUGGUAUAAAUGAAUUCUGAAUUCUUGGUUUAUAAAAAAUUAGUGGGUGAAUUUUUUUUUUUAAUUUUUAUUCGAAAAUAACAAUUUUUUUGGCUGAGGUUAAAUUCAAAAAAUAUAUACGAUUUUUUUGGCA